AUGCGUUUCUCGGCCGUCAUCCUCCCUGCCCUCGCUGGCCUAACAUUCGCCGCAGACCCAUCGACCAAUGCCUCCCCACCCAUGUCUUCCGUCGCAGCCUCCCUGUCAUCCGCAGCCUCGUCCAAGGCGGAGGAAACCAUGUCCAAAACCACUCCAGCAGCUACUCCCAGCACCACGGGUAAAGAACUCCACUCGUCUUCCACCGCUGUAUCGACGGGUGCUGCUAUUACUAUCAACGCUGGGGAAGCCGGUGGUGUGGUGGUAGCCGUACUGGGAGCUAUUGCUUGGGCGUUGUAG